CGACGGCCUCGUAUAUCAGGGGGCCGAGCUCCCCUCCCGGCACGGCGCCCGGUGGGUUCGCCUCGUGGUAGGAGCAGCCAUGUCCGGCAGAGGCAAGGGCGGGAAGGGACUGGGCAAAGGCGGCGCCAAGCGUCACCGCAAAGUCCUGAGAGACAACAUUCAGGGCAUCACCAAGCCCGCCAUCCGCCGCCUCGCUCGGCGCGGGGGUGUCAAGCGGAUCUCGGGCCUCAUCUACGAGGAGACGCGGGGGGUGCUGAAGGUGUUCCUGGAGAACGUGAUCCGGGACGCCGUCACCUACACGGAGCACGCCAAGCGCAAGACGGUCACCGCCAUGGACGUGGUGUACGCCCUGAAGCGGCAGGGCCGCACCCUGUACGGGUUCGGAGGCUAAGCCUGUUGCGGGCUCACGCGUGCGGCAACCCUAAAGGUCCUUUUUAGGGCCACCCAGAGAGUCCUUGGGGAGCUGGGCACCUUUCGGACAUGGGCACUAGAGCGCCCCCGGACCUCCUUUAGCACAGGACGUUCUCCAAGCUGCCCCCCUGUUUUAACGGUGACGCGCUUAGACAGGCCAUGCCGAGCGCUUCUGUUCCCGCUCGCCGAGCCGGCCCUUCUCCAUGCCGGCCUUGCGUUUCGACAACCAGACGGCGCCCUUCCCCGUCCGGGGGAGGGACCGCGCAGCUGUGUCCCCAUUUGGACAAUUACUGGCCAAUCCGCAGGGUCCCGCGGCGGUCGGUGUGCGGA